AUGUUGAGAAAAUAUUUAUUAAAAAAUCAUUUAGAAGAACUGGAAGAAAUUUUGGAUAAUAUAGAUUUUGGCAGUUUUUAUUCCAUCUACAUAAACUUCGUGUCGUUGUUCGAGGAAGAUGCUGAUGUUGCACAGAAAAUUUUGAAGUAUCCUAGGUAUUACUUGCCAUUUUGCGACGAAUCAGCGGUGGAGGCUCAGGAAGAAAUAGCGAAACCGGAACAAAUUGUGAAAAAAAAAGUUCGUAUUAGAGUCACUGCUGUGCCGGUUACAUUCGACCAAGGACAAAUUGGGCAACUUGUUUCAACUAGUGGCGUUAUAGUAAGGAUAUCCCAACCGACAGUGUUAAGAGUUAUUCAAAGAUACAGCUGUAAAAAGUGCAAACAUGUUACUAUGGCUAAAUACGAAUGGGAGAGACAGGCUUUCGCAGAUAUUUCACAGUGCGAAGCGUGCCAUGCAACAAAGCUGAGUAUUGUGUCUGGCUUUGAUAUAGAAGAUUCCACAGAUUGCCAGGAAAUAGGAGUGCAAGAAAAGGCUAGAGUGUAUGCGAAUAAGCCUUUAACCGAGGAACUGAGGAUUGCCUUGCUAGAGGAUCUAGUUGACAAAUGUAGGCCAGGAGAUCAUGUUGAAAUUAGUGGUUUUGUGAUAAGAAUAUGGGGUCCCUUAAAUGUAGGUGAACGUUUAGAAGCAACGACUAUAAUAAUGGCAAACAGCGUCACGGUUCGACGUAAAGUAUCCGAUUCAUUCUUAACCCAGGAUGUGAAAAACGUUUUCAAAGAAUAUUGGGAAAACUAUACCGAGGAUCCUCUGCUCGGGAGAGACAAUAUCCUCGCGUCUAUCUGUCCAAAGCUCUACGGGAUGUAUACUGCAAAAUUAGCGCUAGCGGUGAUCCUAGCAGGUGGUGUGUCGAAAUGCAACGAAGGAACACGUGUACGAGGAGAACCUCAUCUUUUGUUGGUCGGCGAUCCUGGAACUGGCAAAUCACAAUUGCUUCGUGCAGCGUCUCGUUUGGCCAUAAGAUCGGUUCUUACGACCGGUGUUGGGUCGACUGCAGCUGGUCUUACAGCGACUGCAGUUAGAGAUUCAGAAGGAUGGCAUCUAGAAGCAGGAGCGCUGGUGUUAGCUGACGGUGGCGUCUGUUGCGUGGACGAGUUCACAACCAUGAGUUCAAACGACAGAACAUCCGUGCAUGAGGCCAUGGAGCAGCAAACGAUAUCGAUAGCCAAAGCUGGGUUAGUCAGCACGUUAAAUUCCAGGUGUACAGUGAUCGCAGCGAUAAAUCCAACCGGUGGCCAGUUCACCGAGGACGAAGAAUGGGAAACGAAUUUGGGAGAUCCUCUUCUGUCUCGUUUCGACUUGAUCCUGCUCCUGAAGGACAACAGGAACCCAGAAUGGGAUAGAUUGACGUCAGAGCACAUAUUGAGAGCUGCUUACGAGAAGAAAGAAAAUUCUACUCAAACAGAUUCUAAGACUCAUAUAGACCUUCUACAGACAGAAGGCUUAUGGAAGGAGGAUACGUUGAGAGAGUACUUGGCUCAUGUGCAUUCUCUUCAACCGAAAUUAUCUAAGGAAGCAGAAAUGGUGCUGAGAGCGACUUAUCUUUAUCACAGAUCUCGCCCGAACAGAAGAGAAGAGAGAACGACUGUUCGACUUCUAGACAGUCUUAUCAGACUGGCCGAAGGGCAUGCUAGAUUGAUGUACAGAUCAACGGUGAAGCUUAUGGAUGCCAUAUUCGUGGCGAAACUAAUCGGAACAGCUAAUAUGUCGGAGAUUAAUGUCGGUUGUUCGUUUCCAACAGAUCCAAUGGCAACUUAUCGUGCCGAAGGUGAAAUAUUGUUGACAACUAUCGGUCUGCAAGAUUUGGUAAAUUCGUUGUGAAUGUAAUCUGUGAUCGUGGACAAAAAAGAAAAAUCGACAGACUUGAAUGUCGUUACGGUGAA